CCUUGCUUGCAACACCAGUAAUGCAUGGAGUAUUUGAUGUAUCUAUUUUAAGUCCCAUGUCUUCUGCAAUAUCAUCAGAAAUAAGUGAGUCAUUAGAACCAGAAUCGGUCAAUGCAUGUGGAAUCGUCAUUGAUGCAACCUUACAACAUAUUGUUGCCACAUCAUCAGGGUCUUUAGCCUCAAUAAAACUUAUUUCAUAUCUUGGAUCAGGCCAAUAA